GGUCACUCUGAAUGAAUCUGGCGUCCAAUGUUGUUAAUAUCCCGCGUUUGCAAUUUAAAUGACUCUUAUUUAUUAAAAGUUGACAUUAAAUGUCGACAGUAAAGCGUAAAAAGAAGACGAAUGGUGAUACGCGACAGUCGGAGCAGUUGCGCAACUGGUUGAAUAAGUCAAAAAACACAAAAUGCAUGCCGCCAGUUUCAUUCAAGGUGUUUUCACAACUUGUGGAAAAUCUGCCGGACAUUGCCUUUCAGAUCCAGGUGACAGGGUCUGCCAAACCAAAGGGCACUUUGGAUGAAUGUGCAGAAUGGUUUUACAAUGAAUUCUACAAAAAUUCCGCCAUACGAGAAAAGUACGAAAUCAAAGUAAGAUCCUGUCCUCUGGCUAUAAAAAAUAAGUUGUUGCAAUUACCCAUAGCAGAGGAAGCUACAACAACUGCAACUGGAACUGCAACUGAAAUUGGCGUUGAUGUCGCAAUUAAAAACAGCGGUCGUUUCCAGUUUCCCGUUUCAUUUGCAACGUUUAAGCAAUACAUUAAUAAGCAACGUCUUAUUAAUGAUCUCUUGCGGAAGAAAACAGAUCAAGAGCGCCAAUUGGCGCUGGGCGACUCCAAGAAAUUGGAGGAUUUAUUGCGCAAAGGUUACAACAUAUUUUAUAUGUUUCCGCAUCGUCGUCGCUUGAGCAAAUACGAAUUCAAGGAAGCGUCACCAGAGAUAUUAGAGCUCCUGCUAAAGCCUGGAGUGCCGCUCGACGAGGCAGCCGCCAAGACAGUAAGUGAAUCGCCAAGUUCCAAAAGUCGAAAAAAUAAAGCAAGAGCUAUUCAGCUUCAGGAGAGCCUUACCUCCAUAGUGUCCUUCGAUGUUUUUGAAAAGUUCAUCAAGAACAUCUAUGAAAUUGUUUGGCAACUAAAGCUAAACGACUUGAAAAAUGAAGGCUUCGAUAAUUGCGCUAAGGCUUAUUACAUAGCGUUCUAUUUAACGCCGGAAAUACGGGAGAGAAUCCAGUACGAGCUUGUGCCUUGCACCUCAUCAAUGAGAAAUCGUCUGCUGGCGUUGCCCAGCGAGGCUGAUAGGGCGAUUCUUCUCGAGAUGCAGAAGAUAUCUCUCGAGAUAGCAACAAGUCAAGAACUGGAGCUAAAUGUGAUCAGUCCACCCGUCGAACAAUUGCAAAUUGUUGAUACACCCGAAGUCUCUUAUGAAGUACAGGUGCCGUAUAAUAAGGAUGCCGUUGAAUCCAAUGCAAAGUCAAAAGAUGAUAAUCCUGUGACAUUCAAGUUAUUUAAGCGCUACAUUAAGAAUCUCGACGGGAUUGUGAGCGAAAUGUUAAGCAGCGAUGAGUACAAAGGCAAAACAAAAGAUGAGUGCGCCUUGGAGUAUUUUAAGGCCUUCUAUACAACUUCCCAGAUACGUAAGAAGUUCAAGCCAGAACUCAAGGCUUGUCCGUCAAAGAUUCGAGCGAAAUUACUUGCGUUGCCAGCCGAAGAAGAAGUAAUUGUUGAUGUUGUGGAUAUUGACAACGAUGUACUGAAUGAGGGAAACCCGCCAAAAGUAUUGACUGUUGCUCAGGAUAAGGAUAACGUCGUCGAUUUGCCCAGCAAGCAAAAUCUAGUUAAGAUUAAAGGCAUAAAUUAUACAUACCCGGUUGAUAUCAAAACAUUUCUGAGAUAUGUCAACUACGAUGAACUCAAGAAACAGCUGGUCGAUGCUCAUGCAAAAACGAAGAAAAUUGGCGACGUGGCGAAUGAAAAACAAUUGUUUAAACGUUUUUACUAUUCCUUUUAUCUUGAUAAGAGCUUGCGGAAACAAUUUAACUAUAAUUUCAACGCAGCGCCAGCUCAUCAACGAAGUAAAUUUACCGAAAUGGCAGUUGCAAUAACAGAAAAACAUGGAGAAGAAUUGCCGCAACAAGUGGCAAACACUGAACCCUUCUAUACGACUUCCCAGAUACGUAAGAAGUUCAAACCAGAACUCAAGGCUUGUCCGUCAAAAAUUCCAGCGAAAUUACUUGCGUUGCCAGCCGAAGAAGAAGUAAUUAUUGAUGUUGUGGAUAUUGACAACGAUGUACCGAAUAAGGGAAACCCGCCAAAAGUAUUGAGUGUUGCUAAGGAUAAGGAUAACGUCGUUGAUUUGCCCAGCGAGGGAAAUCUAGUUAAGAUUAAAGGCAUAAAUUAUUCAUACCCGGUUGAUAUCAAAACAUUUCUGAGAUAUGUCAACUACGAUGAACUCAAGAAACAGCUGGUCGAAGCUCAUGCAAAAACAAAGAAAAUUGGCAACGAGACGAAUGAAAAGCAAUUGUUUAAACGUUUUUACUAUUCCUUUUAUCUUGAUAAGAGCUUGCGGAAACAAUUUAACUACAAUUUCAACGCAGCGCCAGCUCAUCAACGAAGUAAAUUUACCGAAAUGGCAGUUGCAAUACCGGAAAAACGCGAAGAAUUGCCGCAACAAGUAGCGAACACUGAACCCAGUACCUCCACACACAUCAGUGCACAGGAACAACCGAUCCUUGAGCCCAGUAAUUGCAAAUCGAAUGAAAUUACGUGCAGUGAUUGUGAACUUGAUGUAAUCGUGGACAUUGGAAAAUCGGGACGCUUUCAAUUUCCUGUGUCUUUUGAGACAUUCAAGCGUUGCAUUAACUACGAUGAGCUGCUGCAUCCAUUGCUCUUGCAUGUCACUCAACAAUGCAAUGAAGAAGCACGGAUGAUUGCAAAAUCGGAUCCGAUGCGAUGUCGUAAUGUCUUUACACGAUAUUAUCGUUCGUUUUAUGUGCGACCAAUUGUUCGCAAGCAGUAUGCCUAUCGAUUUGAGUCUGUUAGUGCAUCAUUAAAGUCCAAAUUGAUGCAGUAUGCAGUACCUCUUAACGCAAGAGCCAGGAAGGAGAUGAAUAUAGCUGCAACAAUUGGCGCACCGAAGGCGUGUGCGGCCGUAAUUGAAGAGGGAACCACGGAGACAGAGGUAGAUAUGGAGAUAGACGAAAUUGUGGAAAUCACUGAAAUAAAUGAGCCAAACGUGGCUUCAUUUGGGAAUGAAAUCGCAAUUGGAAUAAAAAAGAAUUCCGUGGUGACUCCAAAUGAGGCUUCUAAUGCGUCCGGGAAAAUUUCAAAUACGCAAAUUACGGAAGAAGUGAUCAUUUUAAACUCUGAGGAUACUGAUGUGUCCCUCCAAAGAACACCUUUAAUGGUAGAGGCUUCAACAAUUGUAGAAAAGACCUCCAAUGCAUCCGGCAUUCUUAGAAAUAAAACAAUGAUCGACUUAGAGAAUACCCAUACUUUCGCCAUUGGCGAAAAGGCUGCAUCACCUAGAAUGGCAGUUGCAAUAACGGAAAAAUGCAAAGAAGAAUUGCCGCAACGAGUAGCAAACACUGAACCCAGUACCUCCACUGAGAUCUGUGAACAGAAACAACCGAUCCUUGAGUGCAGUGAUUGUGAACUUGAUGUAAUGGAGGAAAUUGUAAAUUUGGGACGCUUUAUAUUUCCUGUGUCUUUUGAGACGUUCAAGCGUUGCAUUAACUACGAUGAACUUCUGCAUCCAUUGCUCUUGCAUGUCACUCAACAACGCCAUGAAGAAGCACGAUUUAUUGCAGAAACGGACCCAAAGCGAUGUCAUAAUGUCUUUACACAAUUUUAUCGUUCGUUUUAUGUGCGACCAAUUGUUCGCAGACUGUAUGCUUAUCGGUUUGAGUCUGUUAGUGCAGAAUUAAAGUCCAAAUUGAUGAAGUAUCCAGUACCUCUCAACGAAACUGCUAGGAGGACGAUGAAUAUGGCUACAGUUAAAGAUGUGGCAACAACUGGUGCAGACGUAAUUGAAGAGAGAACCCCGGACGAAGUGAUAUUUUUAAGCUCUGAUACCGAUACUGAUACCGAUGUAAGUUUCCAAAGCACACCCUUGAUGGUAGAGACUUCAGCAACUGUAGAAAAGACCUCCAAUGCAUUCGGAAUUCUUACAAAUAAACCAAUGAUCGGCUCAGAGAAUACCCAUACUUUCGCAAUUGGUGAAAAGGCUGCAUCAACGAGCUCUGGAAAGACGAAUGAUGACUUAAUUGCGGAAAAUAAUUCUGAACUUAACACAAAGAAGAUGCACACAUCGUCAAUUCCCGCUUGUGAAGUAGAAAAGGUUAAAAAUACGCCAAUAACUGGAACAGACAAAUCGAAUAUAGUAAAAAAUACAGCAAUAGCUGGUGUAGAGAUCGUCCACGAGUCUGAUAUUGUUGAAAAUACAGCAACUGAAGUAGUAACAGCUAUCAAAGAUAAUAUGGCAUUAAGUGGCAUAGAGAAGAAAAUGCCACAUCAUGAGUAUGAAGGCAGCCCAUCAACGACUCUGCCAGUUUCAUUCAAACUAUUUAAAAAAUAUAUCACAAAUCUGGAUGCAAUUGUUCAGCAAAUGUUGAAAUGCGAUGAUCACGCUGACAAGACAGAGGAUGAGUGUGCUUUUCAAUAUUUUACAGCGUUCUAUUUGGAGCCAGCAGUACGUGAAAAGUAUGAGUUCCAAAUCAAACCUUGCCCAGCAAAACUGCGCGAAAAAAUACUUUCAAUACCUGUAAUUGAGCACGAGUCGGAGCAUGGAGCUGAGCUGCAACUUGGAGUGGAAGCUGAGCCAGAAACAAAUGAAAGCCCGGCGGAACUGCUGGACAUCAACUGUAAUUCGCAGCAAAGCAAUGACAGCGAUCCGCUUGUUGUAAGCCAAAGGAUUAUAAUAACGCUGAAAAAUAUGAUUUAUGAAUUUCCAGUUGCGCUGCAAACAUUCAAACAAUUUAUCAACUAUGAAUCAUUAAAACUGGAGCUGGUUAAAACCUACAUGAAAGACAAGCCCAAAAGUAAUGUUGAAUCGAUUUUAAAUGACGAGCAAAUUAAUUCAUCAUUGUUGCGACGCUUUUAUCACUCGUUCUACAUUGAUCCUCGAGUGCGAAAAUGUUUUAAGUAUAAUUUUAACGCUGCUCCAGUUGAGUUCAGACCGAAACUGCUCGAAUAUGCUGUGCCACUUGUUAGGGCAACAAGGCCUAUUAAGACCGAGAAGAUAGCAACGGUUGAAGAUGCACAAAAGGAAAAUGAGUUGCAAUUAGCUGUAAACUCCACACUGGACUUAAAUGACAUUCGAGAAAACAAUGCGGCAUUCGCGCAAGUCUCAGCGCAAGAACAAAGAUGUCUCAGUGUUGACUUAGAAACAAUUGCAAAUAGGAAAGAUGCUGAAGUUUCUACUAGUCAAGGAGCUGCCCAGUCACUUAACAUGGACUCAAUGCCAGCAAAGCGAGCGUGUGAUGUGCCCAAACUUAAUGUUUCAGCUGUUUGUUCUACUGGCAUUUCGCCGCCGUCGACACAGUGCUCUAUAAUGAGCACGCCGGAGACAAGUGAGCAGAGUGGUAGUUCAGCUGCUGUUGCCUCGCCACUGGAGAAAGAGUCACCGUUGUGCAGUCUGGAAUCAAUGGCGCCUUUGUUACAAAGCGGUAGCUCUGAGAAGAGUAAAACAGACAAUCAUCAAGCAUCAAGUGAUGCUGCAGCUGGUGAGGUCUUGCAGCAGCAGCUUGAGUCCCAGUUGCAGUCUCCGGAAGCGUUGUCAGCGACGUCCGAGAUUGAAGAUCAAAGCAGUAAUGACUCAACAGUGAUUUACAAUGAUAAAGCUGAUAGAUGCCUUGCGGAUCAUACUUAUAACAUAUCUUGGUCAUCUGGAAAUGAAUGCGAAAGUUUAGAAGAUAUAUAUGCAGAUAGAUCGGAUGAAUUAGAGUUAUUGGAAAAGCAAAAUGUAAUGGAAUAUAUACCACAUAACUUGACCUACUAUAUAGCACAUCGGACGAUGAACCUGAGAACACGUGCAUUGUUGGAGAAAGAAUUCAUAAUUGAUAGAAGACCAAAGCAAAAAGCAGAGGAAUUAGCAGCCAAUGCUAUACGAAGUGCUGCAAACCCACAAACUAUUGCCAAGAGUUAUACUACUGGCAACAAGACUAUUCCCAUGGUUGUGAUAUUUCCUAGCUCAACAGCGGUUGCAGCGCCCUUAGCAUCUGCAGCAGUUCCAGCCACGGUGACACUAAGAAAAGCUAAUAAGGAAAUAAUUGCAAACAUCAAAGUUGAAGCUAAAUAUUCCACUGAGAUUGCAGAGGCUGCAAAUAACAGUGAAUCUAAUCUCGUUGAUGUUAAGGAAGACAUCGUUGAUGUUGAUGAAGACAUCGUUGAUGUCGAAUGCUCUACAGCAAAUGUUGCUAAUCAACAUCAGAACACAUUUUCGGCGCCAGAGAUACUAGAAAAAGUAGGAACGACAAAAUUUGCAGAUAGAAGAACCGAAAAAGUUACAAGAAAAGUGCCGCGCUCCAUUGCAACUGUGGUUGACAAUUCAACAGAGAUAACUAAAGACACGAGGACGAAUGCAGUUGAAAGUAAUAAAGAUAAAGUAUCUGGCAUAGUUACAGCAACAAAUGCGAAGAUAGGCUCAACAGUAGUCGCCACAAAUGAAACAAGUUCAACUGCAACAACAGCAACAGCAGGAACUAGCGAAGUAGUCUCGCCGGGAAUGAUUCGAGUUCAAAAAAGUGUCACAGAAACAAUCCCUAGCUCAAGAGCAGUAACUAAGGAAGUAAUCGUAGCGAAUGAAUCAAGUUCAAAGAGUGUCACAGAAACACUUGCUAGCUCAACAGCAGGAACUAACGAAUUAGUCUCUGGGAAUAAAUCGAGUUCGAAGAGUGUCACAGAAACAAUCCCUAGCUCAAGAGCAGUCACAAGCGAAGUAGUCGCCGGGAAUGAAUCCAGUUCAAAGAGUGUCAAGAGUGUCACAGAAACACAUACUAGCUCAACAGCAGGAACUAGCGAAUUAGUCUCUGGGAAUAAGUCGAGUUUGAAGAGUGUCACAGAAACAAUCCCUAGCUCAAGAGCAGCAACUAAGGAAGUAAUCGUAGCGAGUGAAUCAAGCUCGAAGAGUGUCACAGAAACAAUACCUAGCUCAACAGCAGCCACAAGCGAAGUAGUCUCUACGAAUGAAUCGAGCUCGAAGAGUGUCCCAAAAACAAUUCCUAGUUCAACAGCAACAUCUAGUAAAGUAGAAGUAAACAAGGCAUCAUAUACAUCGGCAACAAAAGCAUUAGAAACGGUUUCGGAGGCAACCAAAGCGACUGCGCCUCAAGCAAUAGCAUCCACUGAUGCAGCAAGGGAGACAAGUAAAACGGCUCCAGCAGCUGUUGUCAGUGAAAGCAGCUCUUCAUCGCAAUUGAAGGAAUCAAAUAGGGCAGUAGCAAAGCCGACAGAGGAGACAACAGAUGCACCAACGACAUUCAAUUUAAAUUCGAUUGAUUUCUUUGCUCCCAUUGGCAAGGAGCAUAAUUUGAAGUAUUUAAUCUACACUAGCCAUGGUCUGAAGCAGACCGUUUGGUGCAUACUAUCGCAGUUGACUUGUUCAGAGUUCAAGAAGUAUACUUGUAUACACAACGGCGAGUCCUUCUAUAAGGACGAAAGUCUAUUUUCUCGCGUCUAUUCCCAUGUGAUACACGAAGGAAAUUGGCCAAUUAACCUGUUUGUCAAACUGUCAAUGUUGAUUGAACUAUUGCGGAACAAAGAUGUGCAAAUUGAUGAGCUGAAUUUGGCACAUUUGUCUCCCAAGGUUCUGCAUUCGUCUGAGCUCAUGCGCUACACCAACUUUGACGACAUUGCUGAGCGUAAUUAUCGCAAUCGCACAGGAGACCGUGUCAACAAUCUAGUGGAUUUGUUUUCUGAGGUCGAGAACUUCUACGUAGAGUGCUGGAUGCAGGAUCAGUGGAUUCAGCAAGUUCCUCGAGUCACAUCCCAGGAAUUAAAGCUAGCAAAUGCAAAGAUUGAGCCCGUUGCAUUGAACAUUCCGGAAUGCAGAAUUCCAAUUUGCUUGCUCGAGAAAGUGCCCGAAGCUGUCAUCGAAAUCGAGUCUGAGACGAUCGAGUUGUCUGAUAAUUCUCCACAGGACAUUCUGCAAGAGUCAGAUUGUCCAGCGACCCAGCUGGAGCAGUCUAUUGCUGGAAACAGUCUAUUCGUGGACGUUGAAGAUGUUGUCCCUGCAACACAAUUGCCGGAGGCUCAAAGUGAUCCACUUAUGGAAACUUCUAUAGAGAUGCCUACAGUUCAAAUCAAACAGGAACCUGUUAAAUUGCUCAGCAAUAUGCGCUUUACGAUCGAUAGCUCGCAGAGUCAAGAGGUUGUAUGUGAAAGCAUAUCGCCAGAGGAACAAAUUAUCAAUCUAGAUGAGGAUGACGAAAGAAUUGCAGCGGAAUUGUCGUGCUUCGCAAUUGUACCGCCCAAGGAUAGAAGUCCUCCACUGUCGUUCCUUAACGCCAAUCUUUCAAAAUGCGAGUUUGAUGAUCUAAUGAAGGAUGUAAGUUUAUCUCCCGAGCUGCAGUUGCAAAUCACCAAUCAAUUGAUGUCUUUGGAGUCGUCACAGAUUGAAGUUGCUACUUCGCCAACAGAAGAAUCGCAAGUUCCGGUUGCAGACGUUCCGCCAGCCGCAACCGCAGUGUCAGUUCCUGCUUCUCCAGUUCGAUCUGUAACAAUUAGAAAGCCCAGUCGAGCUUUCAAAUCCACUUUACCAAGCAAAAGACCACGUUUAAUGGCGGAUAAUGUGCCACAGCUAAGGCAUGACUUCCGUCCCUUACCAUUCACUGCCACGGUGCCCAAUCAGGCGGCUGUGAAUCCCAGUGCGCAGCAAGAGUUACCCACAACCUCCUCCAGCCAGGUGCAAUCACAGUCGCAGCAGGACAGCUCUGACCCUCCCAUGACUGCAUCCCAAGAGCUGGCCACGGAUAACACUUUGAUGGCAUCAUCACAACUGCAACACUUACUGGAUGCUCCGCAUGUCAAUGUGCGACAGGUAAAUGAACUCCCAAUGGCGGUGGAAUGUGUUAGUGAUAAGAACGAUAGGGCAAGUUUGUCAAUGCCUCAGGCCGUGUUGCAUCAACAAAUUGUGUUCAGCACGCUUCAGCGCUUCCUGUACUUUGAAUCGCUGACUACUUCGCAAAUAGCCAAGUAUCAGAUCAAUAGUCUGUCUGUAGGCAGCUUGCAUCAGCAGGCGCUGAUCUCUGUCAAUGGACAACUGUUCAACGUUAAUGGCCCGUUGCUGGAGCACCUCUUUCCUCAUUUGACACGUAGUUUGUUGCAGGAUUUGCAGCAUCUUUUAAACAAUGUUGGUGAAUUCAAUUACAACUGUCGCCUUAACUUGCACCAAGACACCAAAGAAGAUUUACGCCUUCGAGUGCUCUAUGCAUUUAUGAGAGCCUCGCCUCCUUUCACCCACAUUCGCCUCCAGUUCGAGAACGCGACUCGAGAGUGGGCAACUUUUAGUACAACCAAUGAACGUGAUAGGGAUUUGUUGCGACGAAAACCCAAAUGUGAUGUGCGCGCCAAUUUAAAACCUGAAAUACUGCAACGUAUGAAAGAAGUGAAAAGUUUAUGCUACUUUUAGUACUAGUUUUAUUAUUUAUUAUAUUAAACAAAUAAAAUAA